AUGUUUUUCUCUCGCAUUGCCCUUUUGGCGGCUUUGGCUAGCUUUGCUACCGCUCAAACCUCGACUGAAUGUGAUCCAACGAAGGAGGAUUGUCCUGCGGAUCCCGCCCUGGGCACCGAAUACACAUGGAACUUCAACACGACCUUGGACGAAAAGAUCUGGAAAAUGACCACCGGAACCUAUGAUCAUGAUGAAAAUGGAGCUAAAUUCACUCUUUCCAAGGAUGGAGAGUCUACCCUCCUGCAGUCCAACUUCUAUAUCUUCUUCGGCGUCGUCGAAGCCCACGUCAAGAUGGCCAAGGGCGCGGGCCUGAUCAGCAGUGUGGUCUUGGAGUCUGACGAUCUGGAUGAGAUUGAUUGGGAGUGGGUAGGAUACAACACUAGCCAAGUGCAGUCCAACUUCUUUGGCAAGGGUAACGAUACCUCCUUCGAUCGCGGCGGAUACCACGAGGUGUCCAACGCAGACACCGAGUUCCACAACUACACCACAUACUGGGACCAGGAUAAACUCCAAUGGUGGAUUGAUGGCGAAAUGGUUCGCGAACUCCUGUAUUCCGAUCCGAAAGCCUUGUACGGCAAGAACUACCCGCAAACUCCCUGCCGUGUCCAAUUCAGUCUCUGGCCCGCCGGUCAGCCAAAUGCGCGAAAGGGUACGAUCGAGUGGGCUGGUGGUCUUGUCGAAUGGAAGGACGCCCCUUUCACUAUGACCCUUGGCAAGCUGCGUGUGAAGGAUUUCCACUCUGGUAAGGAGUACAGCUAUGGGGACCGCACAGGUUCCUGGGAGAGCAUCAAGGUGGCGGGUGGAAACUCGACCGCACUAGAGGAGCUGAACAAACCAGAACCUCUCAGUCUGUCAGAGAAAUGGGAUAAGCUCGGCGAGGGCGCCCACAUUGGAGUCUAUAUUGGCGCCGCUGCUGCCUGUGUGAUUGCUAUCGCCGGUUUCAUAUUGUUUUGCCUGCGCCAGCGCCGCAAGGGCCGCCUCGAGAACGCGCUCGGCAACAAUCCGACUCCUCUUAACCGUGAAGAGAUGCAGAAUUUCCAGAAAGACUGGAGGCAGAGCGAGUGGAAGACGAACGGUGGUUACCAGCAGGUUAACAACUAG